UGUCCCCGGCGAGGUGGAACCACUCGAGCCGCUUCAAGGGACUCGGCUGACUCGAGCCGUCAACUCAACAAUGCCUCGAUGCUUCUCACUCCCCACAUGCACGACAUUCCACUCGGAGUUGUCAAGCAGUACUGUUGCUACGGUUAUUGCAUCGACCUGCUCCGACGACUGGCCAACAGGACAGGCCUGACGGACGACUUUACGCCGUUCACGUACGAGCUGCAUCUGGUGGGCGACGGGCAGAUGGGCGAAGAGCGCGUCGAGAACGAGACUCGUCGGUGGACCGGUAUCAUUGGCGAACUGUUGGGCGACAGCGCCGACCUCGCCGUGGCGCCGAUCACCAUCACGCCGGAACGGGCGGCGCGGGUCGAGUUCACGAAGCCGUUCAAGAUGGUUGAGGAGGCCGGUGGGGCUGAGGUGACCAGUCAGUUGGGUCCACUCCAGACGGGUUCAGGUAGCCGUUUUGCCAAUGGGUUUCGGUGCAAAUGCAGUUGCAUCAACAAUAGCCUCCUUUAG